CUCUGUAUGAAGAUCCGACUCCCCAAUUCCCAUAAGGCCCAAAGGCUAAGCGCAUGCUGCGCGCCUAUUUAAGUAAUUUGAACUACGGAGAAUCCGAUCGAUACAUAUUCCUCUUUCUGAUGCGAUGUCUGCCCAUCGUCGAAGAAAAACAGUGAUUAGUGAGCUUCCCGAAGAGGUAAAGGAGAGGAUUUUGGGGCGGAUGCCCACUCGAGACGCCGCCAGAUGCGCUCUGCUCUCUACUCAGUGGAGGGAUGCUUGGUACCGCCAAGGCCGGCUUGUCUUUGACUCGGAGUUCUUCGACUCUUUUAAAAGCCUGAGAAAUGUUGCUGACAAAGACGCCUUUUUUGUGAACAUAAUAAACAGCAUUCUCCUGCUGCGAGCUGGGCCUGUUAAGUUAUUUACGUUGGAGAUUUAUGGCCCAUAUCCGCGGCGGCCGCUGCAAUCCGAAUUAGACCGGUGGUGUCUUUUUCUAUCAAGAAACGGCGUGGAGGAACUUGACCUCUCUAUGAGCUCUAAACAUAAGCUUCCACUUUGUCUAAUGUCAUGCAAGACCAUGAGGCAACUUUCACCUGCAAAUUUCUUUAUCCGUUUGCCGGCAAAUGCUCGGUGUAUAUUUCCCGGACUCAUCUCGGCAAAUGGUAAUGGUAACGGACUGGUCAAUACUACUCUUCCGAAGCUUGAGAACCUGGACUUCAUCGAUGGCUGUGUUGGUGUUGGUAAUUUCUUGGUCAGCGCUCCACAACUUCAAUGUUUGGACGCAGAUGACUGCGUGGAAGGGGCCACAAUCAGAUUGCUCGCACUUCAUUUGAUCUCUAUCGACGCGCAAUGAGAAUGAACUAUUCACAUAUUCAAG